AUGGCCGACAAGAUAUCGGAUAGCCACCCCAGCCCUGUGGGCAAUGAUGUCCUGGACAACUCGGAGAAGACCAUGGAUUCUGAGAAGCAGGCACUCAGGAGCAAGGAUGCCGAUGCAGCCUUGGAAUUCCUAUAUGCCGAGGAAACCACAGUAAUGACCGAUACACUGGUGAACUAUGCAAACGUUAUGGGCCUUCGGGAAGACACAUCCAUCACUGCCGACCAAUUCUCGCAGCUCGCGCUUGUCUUCUACGUGACCUAUCUCGCAUUCGAGUUUCCCACGGGAUACCUCAUGCAGCGCCUGCCCACAGCAAAGUACCUCGGCGUCAACGUCAUUCUCUGGGGUUUGAUGACCACGCUUGUGUCCACCGCAAAGAACUGGGCGGGUUUGGUGACCCUUCGAGUCCUCCUGGGAUGCUUUGAGGCCGUCGUCGCUCCUGCGCUCAUCCUUAUCACGACCAUGUGGUACAAGAGAAGCGAACAACCACCACGUAUCGGGCUCUGGUAUGUUGGCACUGGAACCGGCACCAUCAUCGGUGCGCUCGCUUCCUUCGGAUUCCAGCACUAUACCAGCAAAACCUUCACGAGCUGGCAAAUUAUGUUUCUGGUAUUCGGGUUGAUCACAAUGGGGGUGGGGGCCUUGGUGAUGUGUAUCGUUCCAGACAACCCGAUGAAGUGCAAGUUCUUGACGCACGACGAAAAGGUCUGGGCCGUCGAGAGGUUGCGCGAGAACAAGACGGGCAUUGAGAAUAAACACUUCAAGGCGCACCAGGCCUGGGAGUGCUUCAAGGACCCGCAGACAUGGCUGAUCAGCCUCAUCACAAUCUCCUCCAAUGUGCCUAAUGGCGCCGUGUCGUCCUACCAGGCGACCAUCAUCAAGAACUUUGGGUACACCUCUAAGGAGACGGCCUUGCUUUCCAUCCCCUCGGGUGCCAUCGGGGCGAUCUCUGUCCUCAGCGCCACAUACAUGGCUGGCCGUUUCAACCUGCGUGGACCUAUCAUUAUCACGUACCUGCUGCUCGGCGGUGUUGUUGGCGGCUCCUUGCUGGCCUUCACUGCCAACGACAGCAAAGGGGCCAAGCUGGCUGGGAACUACCUGACUAACGUCAUUGGGGCGAGCUUGCCGUUGUUGUACUCAUAUUCCGGCGCGAACUACUCGGGUCAUACCAAGAAGGUGACCAUGAAUGCGGUUCUUCUGAUGUCUUUUUGUCUCGGAAACAUUAUCGGGCCUCUGACUUUCAGGGGCAAGGACGCACCCGACUAUGUCCCCGCAAAGAUCGCUAUCGUCGUCACUUCUGCGUUCUCUUGCUGCAUGACAGCCCUUCUGAUGGCAUAUUACACGUACGAGAACAGACGUAGAGAGGGUCUUGGAGUUGAGCACCAAGAGAACAGCGAGUUUCUCGACCUCACGGACAAGGAGAAUUUGGAGUCGUUGAGGAGGGGGGUGGGGGGUGGGUUCUGA